GCUUAAACCUAAUCCAAACGCCGGUCGCAAUUUGCAAAGCAGGCAGCGCCGCCGCCGCUGCCGAAACCACGUCUGCGCCCUGGUGCGCUCGGUAUUCUCAGCCAUCAUUUGCCUGUCCUAGAAAAAUUAGAUCAGAUGGGGAAGAAGGGCAAGCGGCGGGGCGUGGCCGCCGCUACGGGUGCGCCGGAGGAGGCUGCCCAGCGGGAGGCUCCCGCGGCCGCUUCUGAUCCAGCCACGCUGAGGAGGAGCAGGCGACGGGGCGGCGACGCCAGGGCCGCGCAGGAGGCCUCCGCCACCCUUCACGCACUGGAUCCCGCCGUUGAAGGGAAGGGCGCAACGGACAGGGAAAAGAAUCCUAAGCUCAACAAACGGAAGAAGAAUAAGAGGAAGCAAUCUCCCUGUGCUGCUGCAUCGGGUGCUGAUGCUGCCGCCACGGGUAAAUCAGGUGAUGACUGCACUGAUGGCGAAGGUGUUCUAGGAGACUCUGAGGUUAGCAAGAAAAGAAAAAGGAAUAAGAAGAUUAUGCAGGAUCCAUCCUCUUCUGCCGUGUCUGAUGACAAUGCUAUUGUUGAGGCAAACAAAUCCGGAAUUGGCUGCAAAAAUGUGGAAGAUGUACCAGGAGAUGAUGAAGCAAGUAGGCGUCCCAGAAAUGAAGAGGAUCUUGGCUUUUCUGCUGUAAACAAUGAAGAACAGUAUGUACCGAAGGGUAAGAAGCCCAAGCGAAGGAAACGGAAUAAGAACAAGCAUGAACCAUCCUUUCCUGCUGUAGUGGAUGCCGCCGUUGUGGUUGGUAAAUCUGAAAAUGACAGCACAGGUGGGAAGGGCGUUCCAGGAGUUGCUGAAAUUAGUACGAAUCCCAGAAAUGGAGAGGGUCAAGACAGUCCCGAGGUUAACAUUGUGGAGGAGACACUUGUGAGGAACAAGCCUGAACCCGGAAAAUGGGAGAAGAUUAAGCAGGGGCGAUCCCCUGCUGCUGUGUCUGAUGAUGGUGCUGUUGAGGCAGAGAAAUCUGGAAAUGUCUGCACAGAUGGGGAUGAUGCUUUGGGAGAUGCUCAAGUUAAUAUGAGCACAUUGGAGGUUCCAUACCGUCCAGAGGUUAACAUGGCAAAGAAGGUGACACGGGAGAAGAAGAAACGUAAGCCCAAGAAACGAAAAAAUAAUAAGCAAGGACCCCCUUCUGUUGUACUUGAUACUGGUGCUGUUGUGGCAGCUGAAUCUGGAAAUAGAUGUAUGAGUGGUGAUGGUGCACGACAGGAUGGUGAAGAUAGUAUUAGCCCUAGAAUUGGAGAGGACCCAAACCGUCCUGGGGUAAACAUUGGAGAAAAGGGGGUACCGCAGAUGAAGAAGAAUAAGCUCAACAAAUGGAAGAAGAAGAACCAGGAGCAAUCCCCUUCUACCUUGUUGGAUGCCGGUGAUGUUGUGCCAGAUAAAUCAGGACGUGGCAGCACAAAUGUGGAAGCUGCAUCCAGAGGUGCUGAUGUUACUAUGAGUCCCAGAAAUGGAGAGGGUCAAAACUGUCCCGCGGUAAACAUUGUGGAGAAGGAGACACUGGAGAGGAAGAAGCCUGAACCCAGAAAAUGGAAGAAGAAUAAGCCGGGGCAAUCCCCUGCUGCUGUGUCUGAUGAUGGUGCUGUUGAGGCAGAGAAAUCUGGAAAUGUCUGCACAGAUGGGGAUGAUGCUUUGGGAGAUGCUCAAGUUAGUAUGAGCACAGUAGAGGAUCCAUACUGUCCAGAGGUUAACAUGGCAAAGAAGGGGACACGGGAGAAGAAGAAGCGUAAGCCCAAGAAACGAAAAAAUAAAAAGGAAGGAUCCCCUUCUGUUGUACUUGAUACUGGUGCUGUUGUGGCAGCUGAAUCUGGAAAUAGCUUUAUGAAUGGUGAUGGUGCACCACAGGAUGGUGAAGCUAGUAUUAGCCCUAAAAAUGGAGAGGAUCCAAACCGUCCUGGAGUAAACAUUGCAGAGAAGGGGGUACCACAGAUGAAGAAGAAUAAGCUCAACAAAUGGAAGAGGAAGAACCAGGAGCAACCCCCUUCUACCUUGUUGGAUGCAUGUGAUGUUGUGCCAGAUAAAUCAGGACGUGGCAGCACAAAUGUGGAAGCUCCAUCCAGAGGUGCUGAUGUUACUACGAGUCCCAGUCCUGGAGAGGGUCCAAAAUAUCCCAAUGUAAACAUAACUGAGCAUUUGGUGGAGGAAAAUAAAGUGAAUAAAGAUUACUCUCAGGAACCUAAGCUCAAAAAACAGAAGUAUGAGCAAGAUCAAUCCCCUUCUGCUAUACCAGACACCGGUGCUAUUGUGAUAGAUAAAAUUGAGAAGGGCUACAUAGAAGGGGAAGGAGGGGAAGGUCUACCAGGAGACACUGAAAUCAAUAUGAGUCCCAGAAAUGGCAAGGGACCAGAUUGUCCUGAGGUAAACAUAGCUGAAAAUUCGGUGGAGGGAAAGAAUGGGAAUAACGACAACUCUCAGAAGCCUAAGCAGAAGAAACGGAGAAGGAAGAAGAGGGCUCAAGUAGCUGUUACUGAGGCACCUGCGGUGGGUGAUGUCAGCUCAGAUGAAAGGAAGGAUGUGUGUAGGACAGGUACCGUGAAGGUUACAGGAAGUAUGGGAUACUCAAUAUGUGAAUCUGAGGUUACUGCAAAAAAUGUUGUCCAGGACAAGUACUCACCAGGAGGAUCGCUUGUAAGGUUUCAGAGGAAAAAACUUCUUAUUCUUGAUCUUAAUGGUCUGCUUGCGGAUAUCACUCCAGUCCACAGUAACUCUCCCGACUGUCGCUUAGCACAUGCAAAAGUUCGAGGCAAAUAUGUCUUCAUAAGACCAUACUAUGACGAUUUUCUGAGAUUUUGCUUCCAGAACUUUGAGCUAGGUGUAUGGUCGUCGAGAAUGAAAGUAAAUGUGGAUGCUGUUGUCGAUAUCCUUAUGAAAGAUCUCAGGCAACACUUGCUAUUCUGCUGGGAUUUAUCUCACUGCACUACUACCAAGUGUAAUACUCUUGAAAAUCGAUACAAACCCUUAGUAUUGAAGGAACUAAAGAAACUGUGGAAUAAAGAGGACCCUGAUCUUCCAUGGGAGCAAGGGGAAUUUUCACCUUCGAAUACUUUGCUUGUGGAUGAUUCCCCUUACAAGGCUCUGUGCAAUCCGCCACACACUGCCAUUUUCCCACAACCCUACAGCUACCAUAACAGGAGGGAUAAUUCAUUGGGACCAGGUGGAGAUAUUCGUGUGUAUCUAGAGAACCUAGCUGCUGCAGAUGAUGUUCAGCAUUAUGUUCAGGAGCACCCUUUUGGUCAAUCUUUCAUUACUGAGAGUGAUCCGAAUUGGGAUUUCUAUGCAAAAAUACGCGACAGAAUGGAUAAGCGGAAGGAGUAUGCCACUUGAUGGUCCAUACAGUAAGCAAGAGCUUUGGCUGGGCUUGUGUUGGAUGGCAGAAAAUUUUGACUCUGGAAUUAGUUUUGUUUGUUGGCUUAGCAGUUGGCAUGACUACUUGUAGACAAGAGGGUAUUGGCAAUUCGAACAAUUUUUACUCUCUACUUGUAGACUCAGUGUCGUGCCUGCCUAUUACUUGUGGUCCAAAGGAAAAAAGGGUCGUGGAUAUUAAUACUUCACAUGUUCAGAGCCAUUCUUUCCCCUGUAUCAAUAAUAACAGGGUUGUUGUAAUGGUUAGAUACAGAGCAUUUUUAGAAGUUGAUCAAGUAUGUUGUAAGGAUGUUAAGAGUUUUGCUGGCUUGUAAUUUUUCUCCUCUUGAGUAAGUGUGCAAUCUUUUCACACUUGUUGAA